AUGGUGCCGGCAGCAAUAGUUGCUGCCGGUGGUGGCGCGGGAGACGUCGCUACCAGGCAGCGGCGUCUGCCCUGGCUCCAGCAGCGCUUUUGCGCUGCUGGGCGGGUGAACGCCCGCCGCUUUUGGGCGGCGGGCUGUCGGGCAUUGGGGCGGCGGGAUUUGGACAAAGAUAGUGCAAAAGAUGCAGUUCAAAGGAUCAUGGAGAAGGCCAAGGUUGCUGCCUCAACGUCCACAGAUACAAAAAAUUCUGCUGCAUAUGAAACAUCGAAGUAUGCUUCUGAGAAGGCGAAUGAUGCAGCAGACACAACAUCCGAGAAAAUCAGUGGCACAAAGAUUUAUGCUUCAAAGGAGGGACAAGAAAUUAAUAUGGCAUCUGAUAUGGCCGAAAGCGGAAGGGAUAAAGCUCAUGAUACCUAUGAAUUUGCCUCUGAUAAGGUGAGUGAAGCAAUGGAUAAGGUUUCAGAUAUGGCCUAUAACGCAAAAGACACUAUAAAAGAAAAGGCGGAAGAAGCCUAUGAUACUGCUUUGAAGAAGGGACACAACAUGAUGAGGUCAAUCUAUGAACAAGGUUCAGACAUGGCAAGCGAUGCCAAGGCGAGUGUUAAAGAGGCAAUGGGAGAUGCAAUAUCCAGUGGCAAAGACAGCAGUUUUGAUAGGUACGAGGAUGCCAAAUCGAAAGCACAUGAUACUUACAUGUUUGCAAAGGAUUCCAUGAUUGAUGAGGCUAAAGAAAAAUAUGAAGCUGCCAAGGAAAUGGUUUCAGAAGCUGCAGGCAAUCUAGGAGCAAAAAUGAGAACCGGACGCACAGCAGAGCUGUGA